CACACACACACUCUCUCUCUUCCUGCCUCCCACAGUUCACAGGACUAAGGACCGAAGGUGUUUCUGGGCACUGAGAUCCUCCAUCUCUGCCCCCAGCCAUGAGCCGGCGCGUGGUUCGGCAGAGCAAGUUUCGCCAUGUGUUUGGGCAGGCGGCAAAGGCUGACCAGGCCUACGAGGACAUCCGUGUGUCCAAGGUCACAUGGGACAGCUCCUUCUGCGCCGUCAACCCCAAAUUCCUGGCCAUUAUUGUGGAGGCGGGAGGCGGAGGUGCCUUCAUCGUCCUGCCUCUGGCCAAGACAGGACGAGUGGAUAAGAACUACCCACUGGUCACUGGGCACACUGCCCCUGUGCUGGACAUCGACUGGUGCCCACACAAUGACAACGUCAUCGCCAGUGCCUCAGAUGACACCACCAUCAUGGUGUGGCAGAUUCCAGACUAUACCCCUAUGCGCAACAUUACAGAGCCCAUCAUCACACUAGAAGGCCACUCCAAGCGCGUGGGCAUCCUCUCCUGGCACCCCACUGCCCGGAAUGUCCUGCUCAGUGCAGGUGGUGACAAUGUGAUCAUCAUCUGGAACGUGGGCACCGGGGAGGUGCUCCUGAGCCUGGACGACAUGCACCCGGACAUCAUCCACAGCGUGUGCUGGAACAGCAACGGCAGCCUGCUGGCCACCACCUGCAAGGAUAAGACCCUGCGCAUUGUCGACCCCCGCAAGGGCCAGGUGGUGGCGGAGAGGUUUGCGGCCCACGAGGGGAUGAGGCCCAUGCGGGCCAUCUUCACGCGCCAGGGUCAUAUCUUCACCACGGGCUUCACCCGCAUGAGCCAGCGAGAGCUGGGCCUGUGGGACCCGAACAACUUCGUGGAGCCAGUGGCGCUGCAGGAGAUGGACACGAGCAACGGGGUCCUCCUGCCCUUCUACGAUGCCGACUCCAGCAUCGUCUACCUGUGUGGCAAGGGCGACAGCAGCAUUCGGUACUUUGAGAUCACCGACGAGCCGCCCUUCGUGCACUACCUGAACACGUUCAGCAGCAAGGAGCCGCAGCGGGGCAUGGGGUUCAUGCCCAAGCGGGGGCUGGACGUCAGCAAAUGCGAGAUCGCCCGGUUCUACAAGCUGCACGAAAGGAAGUGUGAACCCAUCAUCAUGACUGUGCCCCGCAAGUCAGACUUGUUCCAGGACGACCUGUACCCAGACACGCCGGGACCCGAGCCGGCCCUAGAAGCGGACGAGUGGCUGUCGGGCCAGGACGCCGAGCCCGUGCUCAUCUCGCUGAGGGAUGGGUACGUCCCCCCCAAGCACCGCGAGCUCCGAGUCACCAAGCCCAACAUCCUGGAC